UUUUGAAUGAUUAUUGACACGUGUUGUCAUGUUACAGACACACGCCCUAUCACUAAAGGCCAGGUGACCUUUUUUGGGGGGUAGAGGGGUGAUCUGUUAAUGGGUUAGAUGUUUUCUGCCUGCAUACAGGCACAGAAGUUGAAGCACAUCUGACAGCUGUGGUCCUUUAUUGCUGGAUGCAUUUAUUGCCAUGACUUUUCUUUAGCUGUGUCUUAAAUCUAAUAACCCCUCUGCUCUCCAGGAUGGCUUACGGAGCUUGUCAGCAGAUUCCUGUAGAGUUGCUUUUCAUCCUCAUACAACCUGUAAAUACCAAAUAUCUUUGCUUCCAGCCCACACAAUCUUGUAAACAUGGGUCCACGGAAGACUGGGAGAUGGAACUGCAGAACCUCAGAGACUGUGGUGAUCUUACUUGAUGUGGAAACACUCAGCUGUCACAGGCUGAUACCACCAACCUUAGCCUGUAAAGCCCUGGAUGUAGCAGCCCCUGUUACAGCACUAAGGGAUGGGGCUGUACUGAGCACUGGGUGCAAUGGCUAUGCAGAUGCAGUUUGAAGCAAAUGCAGAUACCUCAGCAGAGGAGGAGAGCUUUGGACCACAGCUCAUAUCCAGGUUAGAGCAAUGUGGUAUAAAUGCAAAUGAUGUGAAGAAAUUAGAAGAAGCUGGAUUUCACACAGUUGAGGCUGUUGCUUAUGCACCUAAGAAGGAGCUACUAAAUAUUAAAGGCAUCAGUGAAGCCAAAGCUGACAAAAUCUUGGCUGAAGCAGCUAAACUGGUUCCGAUGGGUUUCACCACAGCAACAGAAUUCCACCAGCGAAGGUCAGAGAUCAUCCAGAUCACCACUGGGUCCAAAGAACUUGAUAAACUUCUUCAAGGAGGAAUAGAAACAGGGUCCAUAACAGAGUUAUUUGGGGAGUUUCGUACUGGUAAAACACAGCUGUGCCAUACCCUGGCAGUAACCUGUCAACUUCCCAUUGACCGAGGUGGUGGUGAAGGAAAAGCCAUGUAUAUUGACACAGAAGGGACCUUCCGUCCAGAACGUCUUCUUGCUGUUGCUGAAAGGUACGGCUUGUCUGGCAGUGAUGUCCUAGAUAACGUGGCGUACGCUCGAGGUUUUAACACAGAUCAUCAGACCCAGCUCCUGUAUCAGGCAUCUGCUAUGAUGGCUGAAUCACGAUAUGCGCUGCUGAUAGUGGACAGUGCCACGGCCCUUUAUCGGACAGAUUACUCAGGAAGAGGUGAGCUGUCAGCCAGACAGAUGCAUCUGGCCAGAUUUCUGCGUAUGCUUCUUCGACUUGCGGAUGAGUUUGGUGUGGCCGUUGUGAUCACUAACCAAGUGGUAGCACAAGUAGAUGGAGCAGCCAUGUUUGCUGCAGAUCCCAAAAAACCUAUUGGAGGAAAUAUCAUAGCACAUGCUUCCACCACGAGGCUGUAUCUGCGAAAAGGCCGAGGUGAAACCAGAAUAUGUAAAAUCUAUGACUCUCCUUGCCUUCCUGAGGCUGAAGCAAUGUUUGCUAUUAAUGCUGACGGAGUGGGAGAUGCUAAGGACUGAAGACUCCAUUUAAUUUCCCAUGUAACCCAAGACUAGGUGUCCCUAAAAGGCUCCUUUCUUUGUGGCACCUUACAGGUGCUUUCCUGACACAGCUGAUGUUCAAGUGCUGGUGGAGGAAUCUGUUGUAUUUCAGCACAGAAGUCCAUCAGGUGAAUACACUUUGAGACAUGUCUGGAGAUGUUGCAUGGAAGAGACCUACCCUCUUGGGCUUUAGUCACAUGUUAGAUUAACGUGGUUUCUUGAGAACAUUUUCAGAGGACCAUAACCUUUGUAUUUUCCUCACGGCUGUUGCUCCAGCUGGAUUCUGCUGGUGGACAUAGCGCCAAUAUUUGGCCAUAGUUCAUAACUUGGUGAAUUUGGAGUAGUGUUGGUGCGUUUGUCAAAUAAGAAAAGUGGUGACUUAAAUACUUAAUGGAUUGCUUUAAUUAUAAAAUAAAGCAGAAUGAUAUCCGACAAUAAGAAUGUGAGGAUAUUGCUGGGAUUGAUGAUGAUCACAAUCCGUAUCCUUUAUGUUCAUUUUGUUUUGGAUACUGCGACAUGCUCGUUUUUGGGAACUGUUAAUUUCCAUUUCAAUUACAUUUUUUGUAUUUCAUUGACUUUCUGUGGAAAUCUGCUUUUAAUAAAAAGGACCAUGAAAAAUA